CUUCCCGGAAGUGUAAGAGUGUUGUUAUCAGGGACCGGUCAGCUGAGAGGCGGUACUGACGUUUAGAAACAAUUUUCAGGGAACUGAGAGAGAUUUACCGCGUGGACAGACUUUCAGAAUCUCUUAUCAGGAGGACAGCCGUGGUAGCUUUCAUUUUGAGCUCACAUGGCGCCACCCAAGAAGACAGCGCUCCCCAAACCUCUCCCAGAUGGCUUCAUCCUAACUGACAAUUGUAAGAAGAAGUGGAGACUGGGCAAGAUCUUUGGUCAAGGUGGAUUUGGACUGAUCUAUCUGGCCUCGCAGGACGUCCAGACCCCUGUGCCAGAGGACACAGAGUUUGUGAUAAAACUGGAGUACCUGACUAACGGCCCGCUGUUCUGUGAGCUGAAGUUCUACCAGAGAGCAGCCAAGCCAGACAGCGUGCAAACCUGGAUGAAAACAAGGAAGAUGGACUUCCUGGGUGUCCCGAGGUUUUGGGGGUCUGGACAGGCUGAACACAACGGUCUCAACUACCGCUUCAUGGCCAUGGAUCGCCUGGGCACUGACCUUCAGAAGCUCUACGAGCGCAGUGGACGCUUCAGGAAGGACACCGUACUCCAACUGGGGCAGACACUGGUGGAUGUGCUGGAGUUCAUCCAUGAGAAUGAGUAUGUCCACGCAGACAUCAAAGCCUCCAACCUCAUGCUGGGAUACAGAAACCAACAUCAGGUCUACCUGGCAGACUAUGGACUGUCCCAUCGGUACUGUCCCCAGGGAGAACACAUUCCCCACAAGGAGAGGCCGAAGGACUGCCACAAUGGCACCAUCGAGUACACCAGCCUGGACGCUCACGAAGGAGUUGCUGCAUCCAGACGCAGUGACCUCCAGAUUUUGGGCUUCUGUCUCCUUCACUGGGUGUGUGGGUCGCUGCCAUGGGAACAUAUGCUGAAGAACCCGGAGCAGGUCCAGCAGGCCAAAACCAGACUGAUGGCGGGGCUGCCGGGGUCGGUGCAGCAGCUGGCUGUGAGCAGAGGCGAUGCAGAUGAGGUGGCAGACCUCCUGCUCUACGUCCGAACUCUGGACUACAAGGAGAAGCCAGACUACCAGAAGAUCAAGCAGCUUCUGGCCACUGGGGGCAGUGGAGUGUUGGACUUCUCUGCUCCAGGAAGUUCUGACAGCACAACAAGCAAGAAGCGAGGACGAAGGACGACCAAACCCAUCUCCGUUUCAGACCCUGAGUCUGACACUGAUGACAGCUCUGCCACCGCUGCUAGUUCCAGGCGGAAAAUGGCCGCCACAAAACCGGCGUCACGGUCAAGAGUCAGGAAACCAGUGAGAGAUGAACCUCCUGAGGACCAGCAGCAGGACAAACCCAAGCCCAUCCCGGCCUGCUACCUCAGAGGACCGCCAAUUGGACACAUGACCACACAGAAGGUGUCCAACGCUUCCCGUCAGAAGGACAUGGCGAAGCAAAGACUAAGGUCACGACCUGAUCCUGAACCUUCUGAAGAAGAGGAGGAGGUAGAGGACAGACCCAGGACCCGCUCAGCCCGUGCUCGCCGAGAGCUGGGGGGGGCAAGCCGACAGAAGAACAAUCAUUGGGACUUCACUCAGCCACUGGGGGAGAGAGGAUUCUGGAGCAUCCAAGAACCGAGCGGAGGAGAAAAGAGGACUCACCACUACCAGAUACACACAGACCGUGUCGAGCUGAGGCCCAACAGCCUGAGCAGCUCACACCCUGGUUGGUGGGUGUUUGUGGGGGCCUCACUGCUCCUGACGGCUGUGAUGAUGAUGAUCGGCUCUUUGGCUUGAGGAGCGGUGAAGGGAGCCGUCAGGACUUGGCAGCUGCCAUUUUAACAGUGAUGGGCUGAAAUGAAAGGUUUCUGGUUAUUUCUAAAUAAAAUAAAACUGGAGAAUAAAAGCUCAAAUGACAUGCACGCUUCUUUACG